ACCUGUGAAGGGAGGAAAUCUCACAGAGCGCACCCACUGUGUGGGCGCCCUCUCAGGUUUGGUGGCAAGCAGCUACAAAGCCCCUGUUAUUGUGGAGUGAGGGUUAAAUCCUUCUUCCCCUUCUCUCCACAGAGGGUGUAGAAGGGGUGCAGCCAGCUCUCAGCUGAGGGCUCAGGACAGAUGGACAUGACAGAGGCAGGCCUGUAGGCCUCGUGCAGCAAGGUGGGCAUCUGCCUCACCCUCAGGCUCCCUGCGGCCUCUCCUGCCUCUCUACCUCAUGGCCAUUCGAGUAUUUUGCAACUCCUGCUUCUGUGAGCCCCGCAAGGCCACGCCAAGGUUUAUCUUCACCAGCUGUGGCCAUGUCAUCUGUGAGCUCUGCCUCCAAAAAGGCAAAAAAGAUGAAUGUUUGAUCUGCAGAACUCCUUGUCGUACAGUAUUCCUUUCAAAAGAGACAAGUCCUGAAAUUCAGUCACUGUUCAUGGGAAUAGACACACUGUGCAAGAAGUAUUCAAAAGAAAUAACACAGAUUUCAGAAUUUCAAGAAAAAAAUCGUAAACAUUUGCUAGCAUACCACAGAGAAAAGAAAGUAAAGCUGGAAGAAUCUCUGAGGAAAGCAAGACAACAACUGCAUCAGAUACAAAGUAUGAAACCUCCUCAGCAAGUUACUCAGCUGCCAUUUGCCAGUACAAGCAGAAAUCCACUCUCCAUGCCUUCAAGAAGACUGAAUGGAUGCUCCUCAUAUUCUCUUCAACCUAGUCAUCCUUCCACUUCUGAAACAAUGGAGUCAAUGGAGGUUGAUCAUGUUCCUUCACCAAUGAGGAAACCUGAGACAAUGACAGGUCCAGUAAGAUUAUCAGUUAUAACUCCACCACAAGAUGGACGCAUGGGUAGUGUAUCCUACAGAAGUUCUCAGUCAUCUGGAAUAACAUCAAGUCAAAGUACAGCAGUAUCUACAAGAUCCACACCUGUAGGACUACCACAUAAUGGAUGUUCACUUAUAUCACCUUCUGGAUCACAAAGCAGUAGGAGGGGAUCAUGGUCUGCUUCUGAUUUCAGAACUCCUCCAUUGUAUCAAUUUACGUUGCCUUCACCACAGUCAUCUGUAACAAGACCUCCAAUCACCAUCUCUGGAAUUCUGCAAAGACAAUAUUUAGGAUCAGCUAGUUUUGGAGGACAAACAGCAGAAAGAUAAGCAAAAAUCUGUGAUUUAUUUUGUUCUAUAAGCAUUUUGAAAAGCUGUGCACUGUUGUUGGAUAUCAAAGUGUUUGUAAUUUCUAUAAAAUGUCAAAGUAGCAUAAAACAACUAUUAUUCAGCAUGAAUAGUAUAUUUAAAGCAUUGCUGAAGUUGCCAGUUAACAUUUAUAGUAACUUUAAGAAGGAUUACAAAAGAUUCUGGCUUUUUAAAGGAAUUUUGGCUUAAAAUAUGUUGUAAGAAUUGUAAAAAUAAAUUGGCUUUAUUAAUGAAGUGUUAAGACAAAAAAUGCUUUUAUAUUCAAUGAGCUCUUCUUGCUGUAAACACAGUGAACUGCAGCAGAACUCUGUUUUUAAAUAGUUGUGCCUGUACAGAUGAACCCCAGCCCCCAAAAUGUUUUAAUGUUAGACAUUAAAUCAAAUAGAGAUUUGAUUCCAAAAUCCAAAUUUGGAUUCUUAUUCAAUAGGUCACCUUUUGUUUGCACUGUUGUAAGGGGUAUCAUUUGAGGGAUAUUACACUCCAGUAGGCCCUUCUGAAGUUAUAACAGAGUAUCUACACAACAUGCCAGAAGCUUACCAUUUGAUUUGGGUAGCAAUGCUAUCUUCUCAAAAAUGCAAUGAAGUGGAGGAACUGCUUUGAAGAGAUGUAUCAUGCCAUAGACUACCUUUCCUCCCACAGAAUAGCAAAUGAAUGCUCUGACUGGGAAGUCCCAGACUGCCAACACUUCCACUGAAAUUCCUACCGUUACUGUGUAUGUCUGGAUAAAUCUUGCUAUGGCUGAAUAAAUGAAAACUCACCUUUGUUCUGUUUCGGCCCUAACUUAGGCCCUAUUUAAAAAAUAGGAAAACUAAAGGAUAUUUUUGAGCCUAAGUCCACCAAAUGAAUGAUACAACUUGUUUUGGGUUAAAAUGUUUUGCUUGACCUAAAAAGUAAAGAGAGUACAAAGGUGUUUUUCAUUUUUGCUGUCUCCUUAGCUGUUUACUGCACAGAGUUCAAGCGUGCCACUUGAAAGAGAGUAAAAUAGAUUGAGAGAUAAUUGGUUUGUGAACAUCUCUGGACCAGGAGCUUCUUCACUGAUUUUCAGAUUUACAUUUCACUUCUUUCAGUGUGAAGUUCUUAAAUCGUAAUUGCUUUAAUUUUUUACCAUGGGACAGUUUGUAUAUUUCCUCAUUCUCAAUGUUCCUAUACUUAAAAUUUUCAGUGUGAUUUCAAAUUAAAUUACCUUUCAAGCAA